AUGGCGUUGGCCAGUGCGAUGAAUUCGAUGCUCGAGUCCUCGCCACCAGACAUGGGCGACGAGUCCAUGUCCGAGGGCGAUAUAGCUCAUGUACGAGAUGAUUCAACACCGCCGAAAAGUGAAGUCGUCGUUCCCAUUGCCAACUGGUCCUCAGCUAUCGGUUAUAGCAGCUCCAUAAUGACUCAAGAUGAGGACCAGACAAUCACCACGCCCCCUCCAGCAACUGAGUUGUACCGCCGUCCUGAUGUGGUUCUGCGAGCUGGCCACCCCGCGGUUAUAAUACAUGCCAGCUCAACCUUGUUGGCGGAGCAUUCGCCUUUCUUUCACAGGCUGCUCUUCGGUCCCUGGGUUGAGAAGAAGCCAGAAGAAGGGGAUUGGGUAGUUGACCUCCCGGACUCGAACGGCAGCAUGCUCACGUUCGUCCUUGGUGUCCUUCACGGGUCGCCACACGUAGCCUGGCCAUGGCCGAACGAAGAUUUUAUAGAGAAGCUAAUUAGAACGUGCGACUUUCAUGACAUGGUCGCAUUCCUCCACCUCAUACAGAGCACGUGGGUGGAACAGGUCCAGGAGCGGCCCCUAGAGGACCUUGCUGUGUUCGCAGCAAUGGUCAUCCUCGGAGCGCCCAAGGACGAGGUCCAAGCCCGCCUAACGCUCCUUGCGGGCGUCGUUAACCACGUCCAGCACGAUAUGCUGCGACCCCGAAUCUGGAAAGAUGGGCGCCGCCUUGGCCCCGGUGACGCCAGCGUCGACGACAUUGGUAUCAUCAUGCAGGACAACAAAAUGUUGUUCAACAUCCCAGACGAGGACGCCUUUGGCCUCUACGAUAUACUGGCGCAUAGCGCGCAAGAGCUCAAGCAACUCAAGAGGACCACGAUCGAGGACAUGUUUGAAUCGCACCGCCGAGCCUACGCCCCUUUCUUGGACAUCACGAGAGACACGCAUCGCAACAGCACCCUCGGCUGCACCGCGGCGCGCGGCCACCGCAUCGCGCCCUAUGCGCAGCGCGUCUCGUGCCACCGGAUGCAGCUCGGCGGGUUCUACGAGGAGCUCGUGCGGCUGGGCAUCACCGACGCGCGCGCCUACUUUGACCACCGGACGCGUGCAAAGCACAGCGUCGAAGAGUGUGCCAACCACCUGCUCGCUUUCCAGCCGGACGGGACGGGGAGCCAAUGGCGCUCUCAUAUCCGCUGCAACAAGCCGCCGAUGCUGCAUCGCGUGGUCAGUGACAAGUUGAUCGCCUGGCAAGACGCAGUGGCUGAGCUGAGCAACCCUGCUCUUCCUGACGGCCUCGUGCAGGUGCUAGAGCAAUGGAUCAAGGCGUGGGCAGACCCUGCUGCCUAUGCGGUGGAAAUGAGUGACUGA